AUGUCCACUGUCCGUGUUGUGAUGAUCGGAUUGAGUGUUCAUGAACAGCCUCAUCGCUCUCCUCCUCUGUUCAAUCUCAUUAGAAACCAUUGUAUUGGUGACAAUGUUGAGAAAAGCGUUUUUGAGAUGGGUUUAGUUUGUUCUUGUAGUAGUAAUAGUAGGCGUGAGAGUGCUGUUUGGUCAGAGAGCAACGAAGAGAAGUCUCUGGAUUUGGAGACCUGUAGUAGUUUCAGGUCUGAGGACUCGGAACACAUUGAAUCUGUAGCUCAACCCAUUGAAAAUGGAGAUUUUUCCUUUUGUGAGAAGCACUUCUGUUCAAGCCCUUUAAGUCCUUUUCGAUUUUCCCUCCAAAAAAGCCCCUCUUCCGGUCAUCGAACCCCUAAUUUCUCGUCGCCGGCGACAUCUCCGAUCCACCCCAACAAACAGGAGAAGAAUUGUGAAGUAAAGAGCAUACAAGAAAUAGAAGAGGAAGAAGAGAGGGAACAAUGCAGCCCAGUAUCAGUAUUGGACCCUCCAUUUGAAGACGAUGAGGACGAUGGACAUGAAUAUGAGGAUGAAGAUGAGGACAGUUAUGAUGUUGAAUGCAGCUAUGCAAUUGUACAAAGGGCUCAGCGACAACUAUUGCACAAGCUUCGAAGAUUCGAGAAACUUGCAGAGUUGGAUCCUAUUGAACUCGAGAAGAGAAUGUUAGAAGAAAGAGAAGAUGAAGACCUAGAGGAAGAAGAGGAAUGUGAAGAUGGCGAUUUGCUACUGUUGUGGAGCGAAAAGGAUGUUGAUUGGUUUGUCAGAGAAGUGCUUUGCAAAUCAGGCCUCAAUCUCAGUAAGGUUUCAGCAGACAUGAAGAGGCUGGUAUUGGACCUCAUUGCUGAGGAGAAGAGAGAGGGGAGUGAAAUUGAGGAUGGUGAAGUGGUGGUGAAAAGGGUUUGUGAGAGGUUGGAUUCAUGGAAAGAGGUGGAACCAAACACCAUUGAUAUGAUGGUAGAAUUGGAUUUCGGAAGAGAGAAUGAUGGGUGGAAAAGAAAUGAUCAAGAGCAGGUGCGAGGGACUGCAAUGGAAAUUGAGAUUGCCAUCUUUGGAUUGUUGGUGGAGGAAUUAUCAGAAGAACUUCUUUGCUUAUGAACUGGACUUUCUUGGAGAGACUUCAUAGUUUCCCAUCACAAAGGGCAGUCGCACUGCACGAGACUUUCAUUACUGUAAGAUCUGAGAAGGGGUGAAUGUGCGUAAUCUUACCUGCAUGCAAAGAGACUACUUCUGUGAUUUGAUCCCUUGACGUUCAGUUGCAAUAGAGCAAAUGAUUUUUGUUUUUUGUUUUUGAAUUUUAAUCGGAGGAUCAAUGGAUCAUAGUCUGACUUGUGUACUGUGGGGAAUACGCUAGUCAGUAAAGCAAGAUGAUUCUAGGAGGAUUGAGUUAGUUGAUAGUAGCAUGGUAUCAUGUAUAUGUAUGAGGGAAUAUGUAUGCACCCUUUGCUUAAUGAGACAUGAAAAUUUCAAUACAUCCCUUCCCUUGAAA